GUGACAGACAGUUCCCCCGGCAGCAGGAGACAGUGAGUGUGAGCGAGUGAGAGAGAAAUGUGCUGGAUGUGUGAGUCGCAGGGAUCCCUUACACUGGCACCCCCAUGGCACCCCGACUUACCUGCCUGCUCUGUGUCUGCUUCUCCCUGGCCCCCCGCUCCGCUCCCACCAGCAAUGAAGUGAAUUUGUUAGAAACGGCGACAAUUCCUGGGGACUGGGGCUGGCUCACCUCCCCCCCACAUGGGUGGGACUCCAUCAGUGAAAUGGACGAGUUUUUCAGGCCCAUUCACACGUACCAAGUGUGUAAUGUCAUGUCUCCCAACCAGAACAACUGGCUCCGGACCAACUGGGUGCAACGUGAGGGGGCUCGCCGGGUCUACGUGGAGAUCAAGUUCACCCUGAGAGACUGCAAUAGCAUGCCGGGGGUGUCGGGCACCUGCAAGGAGACCUUUAACCUCUACUACCUGGAGACUGACCGGGACCUGGGCAGCAGCACCACAGAGACCCAAUUCAUGAAGAUCGACACCAUCGCGGCAGAUGAGAGUUUCACCAACGUGGACCUUGGGGUGCGGAGACUCAAGUUAAACACAGAGGUCCGUGGGGUCGGGCCCCUCACCAGGCGGGGGUUCUACUUGGCCUUUCAGGACAUUGGGGGGUGCAUUGCCAUCGUGUCGGUGCGGGUUUAUUAUAAGAAGUGCCCCCCCAUGGUGAGGAACUUGGCGGCGUUUUCUGAGGCCAUAACGGGCUCCGACUCUUCUUCUCUGGUGGAGGUGCAAGGGGAGUGUGUGGGGAACUCGGAGGAGAGAGACCCCCCAAAGAUGUAUUGCAGCUCCGAGGGGGAAUGGCUGGUUCCCAUUGGCAAAUGCGUCUGCAGCGCCGGAUUCGAAGAACGGAGCGACUCAUGUGUAGCCUGUGAUCUUGGUUAUUACAAGUCCUUCCCUGGGGAUCAGCCGUGCUCCAAGUGCCCCCCGUUUAGUCAUUCCGAGACCCUCGCUGCCCGACUCUGCCCCUGUGACACCAACUACUACCGCUCCGCAAGCGACUCACCUUCUGCCCCCUGCACACGCCCCCCCUCUGAUCCGAUGAAUCUCAUCUCCAGCGUCAAUGGCACCUCUGUGACGUUGGAUUGGACCCCACCUCUGGACACAGGUGGGCGCAGGGAUGUCACAUACAAUGUCAUUUGCCGGCGCUGUGCUUGGGAUGCGGGUCAGUGUGAGCCCUGUGGGGGUGGGGUCCGUUACACCCCCCAACAGAUGAGCCUAGCAAAGACCUCCCUUACAGUGGCAAAUCUCCAGGCCCACAUGAACUACACUUUCUGGGUGGAGGCCAUCAACGGGGUGUCUGACUUUAGCUUGGAGCCACGGAUGUUCUCCUCAGUGAAUAUAACCACCAACCAGGCAGCCCCUUCGCAGGUUUUAGCCAUUCGCCAUGGGAAGGCCUGGCAGACCAGCAUCAGCCUUUUGUGGCAGGAACCAGAACAACCCAACGGCAUUAUCUUGGAGUAUGAGAUUAAAUACUAUGAGAAGGACAAGGAGAUGCAGAUCUAUUCCACCCUCAAAGCCAAGGAGACAAGAGCCGUUGUGUCUGGACUCAAGCCGGCAACCCACUAUGUGUUCCAGGUUAGAGCCCGCACCUCGGCUGGAUGUGGGAGGUUCAGCCAAACACUGGAAGUGGAGACCAGUAAAGCCAUGGCCCUUCGUUACGACACCAGGACCAUCGUGUGGAUCUGUCUGAUUCUCAUUACCGGCCUCGUUAUUCUCCUGACUGUUCUCAUUUGCAAGAAAAGACACUGCGGGUACAGCAAGGCCUUCCAGGACUCGGAUGAGAAGAAAAUGCAGAAUGGACACAUUACCCUGGCUGCAUCCAAGUUGUAUGUGGAUCCACACACAUAUGAAGACCCGUGCCAGGCUGUGCAUGACUUUGCACGAGAGAUUGAAGCCUCUAGAAUUAAAAUUGAGAAGAUAAUUGGAUCAGGAGAGUUUGGGGAGGUUUGUUCUGGGCGCCUAAAGGUGCCAGGCAAGCGGGAGAUCCCAGUGGCCAUCAAGACCCUAAAAGCCGGUUACAGCGAGAAGCAAAGACACGACUUCUUGAGCGAGGCCAGCAUUAUGGCGCAGUUUGACCACCCGAAUAUCAUUCACCUGGAAGGGGUAGUGACAAGGAGCAAACUCACAAUGAUUGUAACAGAAUAUAUGGAGAAUGGAUCUUUGGAUUCCUUCCUUAAGAUUCGGGAUGGGCAGUUUAACAUACUCCAGCUGGUGGGUAUGCUGAGGGGCAUUUCUGCUGGCAUGAAGUACCUCUCUGACAUGGGCUAUGUCCAUCGGGAUUUGGCUGCCCGCAACAUCCUGGUCAACAGUAACUUGGUCUGCAAAGUGUCUGACUUUGGCCUCUCACGCAUUUUGGAGGAUGACCCUGAUGCUGCUUAUACAACCACGGGAGGCAAAAUACCCAUUCGCUGGACAGCUCCUGAAGCCAUCACUUACCGCAAGUUCUCCUCAGCCAGUGACGUGUGGAGCUUUGGGAUAGUCAUGUGGGAGGUCCUAGCUUAUGGGGAGAGACCAUACUGGAACAUGACCAACCGAGAUGUGAUAAAUUCGGUGGAUGAAGGGUACCGUCUCCCUGCCCCUAUGGGCUGCCCCACGCCGUUGCACCAACUCAUGCAGGAUUGUUGGCAGAGAGAUCGGAACGAGCGACCUCGGUUCUCCCUCAUUGUCAGUGUUCUAGAUAAACUUAUGCGCAACCCAGAGAACCUCAAGGCCAGUGCUACUGUUACCAGAUUCACCCACCCGAGGCUGGACAAAGGGCACUUUGACAUAUCUAGCUGUGCCAGUGUGGAUGACUGGUUGGAUUCCAUAAAGAUGGGAAGAUACAAGGAGAACUUUGUGAUGGGUGGAUACUCUUCCCUGGGACUGGUCAUGAGAAUGAAUAUUGAUGACAUCAGGCAGCUGGGCAUCUCUCUAGUUGGGCACCAGAAGAAGAUUCUCACCAGUAUCCAGAUCAUGAGAGCUCAACUCAUCAACACCCUGGGGCCCCGGAUGCACCUGUGAUGGUGUGAGCCUCUAGAUGGAACCAAGGAAGGAGGCCUGGUGGGGCUUUGAACCCUGUAACAAUGGGCAGGACCCAGUAACUGAGGUUGCCCAACCCCAUAAAGGUCACAGCUCAUAGGGGCACCAUCUUGGCUGAAGUAGUCCAAGGUUUGUUUUGUUCCAACUUCUGAUCUCCUUGUCCGUGUGUCCUGACCCACCCUCCGGACCUCCUUCUGCCAAUGAAUGUUUACAUCCAAUGUCAGUGCAAUAGAGGAAGAUUUUGGGGGCCCCUAGGGUGCUUCCUGCUGCUAUAGUGAGUUGACACCAUGGUGCUAAUUUGGACACUGUCACCUCAUUUCUGUCCAUGUGCCUCUCUCAGACCUCUAGCGGUUACAGGGUAAUUCAUAUGAUCAUGGGGGUUUCCAGAUGCACCUGCCCCCUAUUUUCUUGUUAUUAGUAGGACAGGGCUCGCAGAAUGUCCCACGUUCAUCUGGGAAAUCCACUCACUCUGCCUAUAUCCAGGCCUGGACUCUCUGCACCUCCCAGCUUCCAUUGCAGUCAGUAUUCUUCCUUAAACUCCGCCUCCACUAAGUCUCAGCCACUUCAGCCACCAGUCUAUGAGGGGCCCCUAUAAUCAAGUCAAGUACAAAUGCUGUGUUAUUACCAUGUUUAAUGGGUAGUUUAGAUAUGAGUGUCCAGUCUGCCCCCUCAGGAAGUUUUAGGAACUACAAUUCUGGGGCUAUUAUGGCUACAGGGAGGGUAACAAGUUGAAAUGUGGUGGUUGUUAUUUUGGACCCCGGGGUUCAGGGUUAUGGGAGACCCUUAUGUUGCUGAGGGGGGGGGCUAGAUGAAACAAGUAGUGAUGGGCCAAUUUAUUCGCCAGGCACAAAUUUGCGUUGAAUUUCCGCGUUUCACUGCCGGCGAAUAAAUUCGCGAAAAUAUAUUUGACGCCGGCGACAAUUCUAACGCUGGCGACAAUUCUAGGCGACCAUUGACUUUAGUGGGUGUCAGGGUGCAUCACUCAAGCCCAGCACUGGUCAUUCUGAAGCUUGAGAAGAGUAAAUAUGAGAAUAUUGGGCUUCUUUGGGCAACAAUAACCUGCCAAGUAUAAAGGGUCAGUUGCAGCUACACGUGAGCCACCAUCAUGGGGUCUGAUCCAGGGCAAAUAAAAGAGGGAGCUGGUCCUGUCACUUCUUCUAAUCAUUACAGAAAGAUCAAUUCAGUGGGAUCAGUGUAAUAAAUCUGCCCCAUAGCCCCUCCCAAAGGUUAGUGGUGGGGCAGAAUGUUACACACGGAUCUGCAUUAAUGUCCUGAUGGAGCAGCUUGUGGGUCGCUACCCCGGAAUCAAUCUCAGUCGUUCUUCCCACUGGCAUCGAAGGGCAUUAUCUGACAGUCUGGGGGCAAUAACUGCCAGUCGGGGGCAAUAACUGCCAGUCGGGGGGCAAUAACUGCCAGUCGGGGGCAAUAACUGCCAGUCGGGGGCAAUAACUGCCAGUCGGGGGGCAAUAACUGCCAGUCGGGGCAAUAACUGCCAGUCGGGGGCAAUAACUGCCAGUCGGGGGGCAAUAACUGCCAGUCGGGGGGCAAUAACUGCCAGUCGGGGGCAAUAACUGCCAGUCUAAUAUAUUGAAUAGACAGGACACGGAGGGGUUAAUUUGAGAAGUGGGGCAGCAGAAUAUGUGAAUAUUUAUUAUUAUGGGAUAUUGUGGGGUUGUAUAAGGGGGGCGUAUGAUACAGGGGAGAGAUUUCCAUGUUUAUAUUUGGGUUUGUUUAUUGGGGGGCUGCGCCCUGGUCUCAUAGGAAUAAUAAUAAUAUAAAAAUAAUGAUGGAGAGUUUAUUUCAUAGGGGUAUUUAUUGGGGAACAUGGCCGAUUUGCACAGUGGGGGGCACAUGAUAUGGGCAGCGGAUUUUGGCCAAAGAUUAUUUUACGAUUUAAUAUUAAAACUGACCCGGCCCCCAGUUCUUCCUGGGAUGAGAACUCCCGUGGGGCACAGUUGGGGUCCCCCCAUUUCCCCUGAUCUGGUGACGUCCAGUUCUUCUGUGAAGGAGGAGAAAUAUCAGCAUUUUUGGACUGACGUUUCCAUGGAAAGUCUCUAUUUCUGGGAUUUAUUAACCCGCAGACCCAGCUGUAAAUACCAUGUUGGCCCCGGGGGCCCCCACUCUAGUCGCUGUUUAUAACCCAGACAUAACGUAAUAUUCCUCAUUCCCUGAAGGCAGAAGAUAAAGGGAAUUCCGUGGCCGGCAGUGAGUGGGGCAAUUAAAUGUCUUCCGCACAAAGGGGCUGAUUCACUGCGGGGGGCUCAGUGAUCGGGACUGGACUCUGGGACAUUCAUUCCAAGGGCCACCGGCCCCUCUUCUUAAAGGGGAAAUCUCAUACCUACCUAUUUUUAUAGGAAAUAUUAAAGGAGAACAAAAGGAAGAAUCAUUGGGGUGCAAGUUGUUAGGCCCCGCCCCUAGUUAUUUUAGUCACUCCUUACCCCAGUCAAGCUCCUCCUCUUCAAACCAACCCACCGGCCUGGGGUAGUUUUCCUCUGAGUGUCAAGCUGCCAUAUUGCUCAAGGGACUGGAAUGACUGGGCGGGGCCUAAUAGGGCUCUCAUUCUCCUUAUAAUAAGUGUUGCCACCUUUUGUAAAUGACAAUACCAUCUGGGAUGGGGGUGGGUCUGGGGCAAGUCUAUAAUGUAAGGGGUGGGGUAAUGAUGCAUAUGGGGCGGAGCUGUCACCAGCCUAAUUCUUGUGAGCAUUUCUAUAGGCAUGCAAGAGAACAGCACCAGAUUUGUGCUUGUGUCUAGAACUGCAAGCCAAGGCUGCUGAGAGUUGUAGUUGGACAACAACUGGGGGAGGGGUGACUGGUGGGACAGCCUUGUUACAUGGGGGGCCCAGAUUUCUGCACAGCACUGGGCCCUGUUUUGUAGCUCCGCCCACACAAUGCGAUGCACUUUCUAAGCCCAAAUGAUUGUCGGUUGUUUAUUUGUUUGUUUAUCUGUUUAUUUUGCGAAUCUUGUGUUUCGAGUUCAAUUCAGCAAUAAAAUUCUCAGAUUUUGUAAGAAA